AUGGGUGCCUGCUGCAGUUGUUUGAGAAACACAUCAGACUCGUAUACCAGUACAAACGAUAAUACGAAUAACAACACUGCUUUAAACUCCCCUAUAGACGCAGAUAAUGAGUCAAAUAUUUUACCUAUCGCAGAUAAUGAAAGAGAAGCUGUGACUUCCCUCUUAGGCUAUUUAGAGAAUAAAGAUAAUCUAGACUUUUACUCUGGUGGUCCAUUGAAGGCGUUGACCACUUUGGUAUACUCGGAUAACUUGAAUUUACAAAGAAGUGCAGCCCUUGCAUUUGCAGAAAUUACUGAGAAGUAUGUUUGCCAAGUCGGCAGAGAGGUCUUAGAGCCCAUAUUGAUGCUUUUACAGAGUGAUGACUCUCAAAUCCAAAUUGCAGCCUGUGCAGCUCUAGGAAACUUGGCCGUUAAUGAUGCUAAUAAAUUACUGAUUGUGGACAUGGGUGGAUUAAACCCAUUGAUUAACCAAAUGAUGGGUAAUAAUGUAGAAGUUCAAUGUAAUGCUGUUGGUUGCAUUACAAAUUUAGCCACGAGAGAAGAUAAUAAGAAUAAAAUCGCAACUUCCGGUGCAUUGAUCCCUCUAACUAAAUUGGCUAAGUCCAAACAUAUUAGAGUUCAACGGAACGCUACAGGUGCGCUUCUGAAUAUGACGCACUCGGGUGAAAAUAGAAAGGAGCUUGUCAAUGCAGGAGCUGUACCUAUUCUUGUGUCCCUAUUAUCCUCUGAGGACUCAGACGUCCAGUAUUAUUGUACUACGGCUUUAUCAAAUAUUGCUGUUGAUGAAGAAAAUAGAAAGAAAUUAUCACAGACUGAACCUCGUCUUGUGUCAAAAUUAGUUAAUUUAAUGGAUUCAGAUUCAUCCAGAGUUAAAUGCCAAGCAACCUUGGCACUAAGAAAUUUAGCUUCUGACACAAGUUAUCAAUUGGAAAUUGUAAGAGCAGGUGGGUUGCCCCAUUUGGUGAAAUUACUUCAAUCGGAUUCAAUACCAUUGAUUCUGGCAAGUGUCGCAUGUAUAAGAAAUAUUUCUAUCCACCCAUUAAAUGAGGGCCUAAUUGUCGAUGCUGGUUUCUUAAAGCCAUUGGUCAAUUUGCUAAAUUACAAAGAUACUGAAGAAAUACAAUGUCAUGCGGUAUCAACUUUGAGGAAUCUAGCAGCUUCUUCAGAGAAAAACAGAAAGGAAUUUUUCGAGAGUGGUGCUGUAGAGAAAUGUAAGGAAUUAGCGUUGGUAUCCCCGAUAAGUGUUCAAAGUGAAAUAUCGGCAUGUUUUGCCAUUCUAGCCCUAGCAGACGUAUCUAAACUUGAAUUGUUAGAUAUGAAUAUUCUUGACGCUUUAAUUCCAAUGACCUAUUCAAAUAAUCAAGAAGUUUCCGGUAAUGCAGCUGCGGCCUUGGCCAAUCUUUGUUCAAGAAUCAAUAAUUAUACGAAAAUUCUAGAAUGCUGGAGUCAGCCUAAUGAUGGGAUUCGUGGUUUCUUGAUCAGGUUCUUAAGGAGUGAUUAUGCUACAUUCGAACAUAUUGCACUUUGGACAAUUUUGCAGUUGUUAGAAAGUCAUAAUGAAAAGGUCGUGAGGUUGGUAAAAAAUGACGACGAAAUUAUUGAUGGAGUAAGGAAGAUGGCUACUAUGACAUUCGAACGUUUACAAACAUCUGGUGUUGAUGUCAACCAGAACGCAGCCGAAUCUCCUGGUAAGAAUGGUGUAGGGAAUACGAGCCAAGAAAAUAAGGAUUCAAAGAAUGAUGACAAUAAUACUACAAAUACUGCCAAGACGGGGGAUGCAGUUGAAGAUGCGAGUAUGGAACUGUAUAAUAUCACUCAACAAAUUCUUCAAUUUUUGAAUUGA